AUGAACACUUUCCCUCUCAAAUUUCAUUUCAAUUCCAAUUAUGCCCUCCCCUACCUCCUCCUCCUUUCCACCACCCUCUUUCCACCGCCAACCACCGCACAGAUUCCGAAAUUCCUCCCACCACCACCGCCCGGCAACAUCUCCGCCCUCAAAUUUGACAAGUCCAUGGCCAUCGUACUAGUCAUCCUAGUUGUCGUGUUCUUCAUCCUCGGUUUCCUCUCCGUCUAUACUCGCCAGUGCGCCGAACAAAGAAUGAGAGGAAGAUUCGAUCUAUCAGUUCCGAUCGUUGGCAGCAACCGGAGACACCGUGGACUCGACUCCGAAAUCAUCGAAACGUUUCCUACCUUUGUUUACUCCGCCGUGAAAGGACACAAAAUCGGAAGAACCCUGCUAGAAUGCGCCGUGUGUUUAAACGAAUUCCAAGACGAUGAAACGCUGCGUUUGAUUCCGAAUUGUAGCCACGUGUUUCAUCCUGAAUGCAUCGAUGCUUGGCUUGUUAAUCACUCCACUUGCCCCGUUUGUCGCGCCAAUUUGAUUCCGAAACCCGGAGAAUCUUCUUUCGUUUCGGUUCCAAUUCCGGAUCCGGAUAUAUCCGAUUCAGAUCACCCGACCCGAAAUAAUAAUGAUUCUGGAAUUAACAUUUCAUCUCGUUCACCUUCUCCUAAGGUGAAUUAUUCAGUUACACCGAAUGGGACCCUACCGGUUCGGUCUAAUUCAACCGGUUUUAAAAUUGGAAAUUGGUUUCCGCGGUCACAAUCCACGGGUCAUUCUCUGGUUCAGGAAGGUGAGAAUUACGAGCGGUUCACUUUGAGGUUACCGGAGGAGGUGACGAACCGGUUGGUUGGUUCGACACCGAGCCACGUGGCGAGUUGUGGUGUUACUUUUACUAGAGAGGGAAGUGGGAGGAGGGGUUUUAGAACGAGGAGUGUAGGGAGUAGUGCUCCUGAAAGGAACUAUGAGUGGUUUAACCGGGCGGACCGGAGGGGAUUCUCUUGGACUCCGCCGUUUAUGGGUCGAACCGGUUCAAGUUGGUUGAAGAAUAAGUCACCUGGGAAAUUGGAUGAUGUGGGAGAACGGUCUUCUGAUCGUUUGUUUGCCGGUAAUCGGGGUUAG